AUGGUCGCUAAGCUUAUCUCCACCUACAAAACCGCCUCCAGAUGCUGGAUACCUGUCAACCAGAACUUGAAGGCCAGCAUUGCUAGAAACUUCUCGUCCAGACAGAGAUGUGUCAACUUCAACAACAUCUCCAGCCACAACGUUGUUGCCAACGACGACGUCUUGGCUGCUGGUGCCGGUGCCCACGCCACCGGUACUUCUAGUGCCAGUGCCGAAGAAUACAACUUCGAGACCUUCGAGCCAUCUAUCUUUUCCAGCGAAGAGAUUCACACUGCCGGCCCUGUCAGAAGACACGAAUAG